GGCGCCUGUGAAUAACGUGCAAAGAACGCGAGAAAAGCAUUCGACGCAUAAGCUUAUAAAUAGUGACAAACUACAACAGCACAGCCUACUGUUAUUCCCAGCUGCCUGCCCAAUCAGCUUGCUCAAAGUUCUCAUCCAAGGGAGCUUUCUUUGACAAAAAGAAAGAAAAAAAUCGCACAUAGCGUUGCCAUAUAUCCGGGGGGAAAAAGCCCACGACAUCCACGAAAAGUUGAAAAUUUUCGCGACCAAAAAGUUAAAAAUAAAUGUUUACUGUUUGUGCUUAAUGUUAAAAUGGAGGAAAAAAGCUGAAAGAGAAAAGGGAAAACUGCAAUUGCCCCCUCAGCCGCAGCCGCAUUCAACAAAGUGUUAAAACUCCUUUGUAUCCUAAAUGUCUACAAUAUAGCAAUCUCGAACGAAUCAACCAAAACCCAACAUACACAGCCACUGAACCGACAGCACAAGUCCAAACAAUCAUCGUCCAUCACAAUCAUCAAAAAGAGGCGUGAAGAGAACCACAGAACCAACACAGAAACCCCCAUCUUCUCCUGGCACCUGUCAGCGGGAGAGGCUCUGUAUCGUGAAGUGUAGCCUGUGCUGCCGUAUAAUGAGUCGACAUGAAGGUGUCAGCUGCGAUUCAUGUCUCAAGAGCAAUUUCAAUGGACGCCGCUACAAGUGCUUAAUCUGCUAUGAUUACGAUUUAUGCGCCGAUUGCUAUGAGGAAGGCGUCACCUCCACUCGCCACCUGGUCGAGCAUCCUAUGCAGUGCAUACUUACCCGUUCCGAUAUCGAGCUAUAUUUCGGCGGUGAGAUGUUAACAUCGGAUCAGCCGCAGAGCUUCACGUGUCCCUACUGCAAGAAGAUGGGCUUCAGCGAUGCCACGCUGCUGGAGCAUGUCUCUGCCGAGCAUACGGAGACCAGUCUCGAGGUUGUAUGUCCGGUCUGUGCCGGACUACCGGGCGGUGAUCCGAAUCUAGUCACAGAUGACUUUGCCGGUCAUCUAACAUUGGAGCAUCGGCAGGGACCACGCGAGCUAAUAUCCUUUUUGGAUGAGCCAUCUGCCAUUCGUCAUGGCGGUGGAGUGCGUCGCAUCCCUGGACGCACUCUCGGCGGACCACGAACGCGUCGUUCCAAUAUGCACUUCAGCUCGUCGAGCGGUCUGUCGGCCUUGUCGCCCUCGGGUCGCGAAUCGGUUGAUCCCAUUGCGGAAUUGCUCUCUCAGCUGUCCGGCGUUAGACGCGGCGGCCCACCUACGUCGCAAUUGCAACAGCUACAGAUGCAGAUGCAGUUGGACAGGCAGCAGGUGACGGCAUCGCGCCAAAUCGAUCGACUGCCAAGGCGUGCGCAUCCCAUAGUCUCAACAUCGAAUUCGAAUGCCGCUAUGGCCGAGGUGAUCAGCGGCGGCGGAGGCAGUGGUGCAGUUGGUAGCGGCAGCAGCAACAGCGGCAGUGGAGGUUUAAGUGGCAGUGGUGUGACCGCACCGCCCAACCUGCGCACCACCGAGUGGCCGGUGACAGCGAGCUUCUCGACAUCGGCCAGCAAUCAUCAGCAGACUCAGUCGAGUCUGGCCGCCAAUAGCCUCAAUGCCAGAGAAGCGGUCGGCACUAGCAGCAGCUCAAACAAUGCCCUCGGAAUUAGUGUGGGCGUCGGUGGUGCGCCAAAUGGUAACGGCGCAAACGGAGCCACUGGCCAGGCGGCUGGUCAGGGCUCGACAGCUGGCGAGGCUUUGUUGUUGGCCCAAUUUAUGCAGCCUACACUCACAGAGGCUGAGUGGGCGAAUGUGGAGCGCAAGCGGGCAGAUCGCUCCAUGUUUGUGCAGUCGCUGCUGCUGUCGAUGCUAUGCACAGAGGCCCUGGACUUGAAUGCGUCCAAUGAAAGCAUCGAUGGCAUGGCCAAGAGUGAUAAUGUAAAUAAGGGGCAACAACAGCAGCAGCAGCAACAGCAGCAGCAGCAGGAGGAGGAGGACACUCUGCUGAACAACAAUGCCGAUGUGGAGCAGCAGCAGCAAGCACAGCCCGCCAUGGUGCGACAGGUGAAUCAAAUGCAACAGACCUCGCCCGAGGAUUUUGUUUGCGAUGAGUAUCGCUAUAAAAACAAAAAGGCCAAUACAACACAAACAAGUGGCACGGCAGGAGGUGUCGUCGGAGGAGGAGGAGGAGGUAUCGGUGGUGUUGGUGGUGGGGGAGGAGUAGCCGGAGCAAAUGCAGCUACUGGGGGUGCGGUUGGUGGAGCUGGCAGUAAGCCAACAGCUGACAGAGGCAUCGAAAGACGCGGCCGUCCGCCACCACCAGAGAUGGCCACGGGCUCCCAGCCGCCGCAGCAGCAGCAGUCCACGCCCGCAGCUUCCCAGCAGAAAUACAAACAGAAUGCAAAUUCGGCGGCAAACACAAAUCAAAUUCCCGACACUAGGUAGUGCCUCUGAUGAUCCAGAUGAUCGAUCACCACACCACACAACAGCAAAGAUGCAUCCACAACACCACAUGUAGCUGCAGCAGCCACAAAACAACAAAAAAUCUAUCACCACCACUACCACCACCAAUCCAACCAGAAGAAGAGCCACAACAGCAACAGCAACAAGAACUACAAGAAACACAGCCGUAUAUGUAACAACAAAAACAACCAAUCGUAGUAGGGAGAGUAAUGCUGCUGCUCCCCGGAGGCAGGCUCCCAGGAGUUCAAGGAGUUCCCGGGAGUACCGAUUCAUCUCUAGCAGCUGCCCGACGCAUCCGCCGCCGCAGCAAUUUCGUCAAAUGGAAAACUAUAUUAUGUAUCGUUUAUUAAAUAUAUUAAAAUUUAUAUAAUUAUAAAAAAAAACAGGAUGGAGAGAUGUGUGCAGCAAGAAAAUUAUUGUAAUCAUUGAAUUAAUUAUAAUUUAAAGAAACCACAAAAAACGAAAAA